AUGGAGAAUAAUGCAAAAUUGGCUGUUCUGAUUGAGACAAAGGUGAAAAUGGAGAAUUGUGCUGCUGUUUUUGACCCCUUUAUUCCAAAUUGGAGAUAUUUUCAUAAUGGGGAAGGUGGUUCUACAGCUCGGAUUUGGGUGGGUUGGGAUGCUACUAUUUUUGAGGUGGAGGAGAUGCAAAAUUCUAACCAAUUCAUCCAUAUGAAGGUUCGUACUUUGGGGUCUUCUCUUUCUUUUAUGUGCACAGCUGUCUAUGCUUCUAAUUCGGUGGAAGAGAGGAGGGACCUUUGGAGGGAUGUUAUUGAUUUUGGUUCUAAUAUUUCUAGUCCUUGGAUUGCUAUGGGGAACUUUAAUAUUGUUAGUCAGCAGAGUGAAAAGCUUGGGGGGGAUCUUGUUCGUCAGGAGACUGUUGAUGAGUUUAACUCCUUUAUUUUUGACACAGGUCUUAUUGAUUUAAAAUGGAAGGGAGAGCAGUGUACCUGGAAUAACAGGCAGGGGGGCAGCUCCAGGGUUUGCUGCAAGUUGGAUAGGGUUAUGGUUAAUUUGAACUGGUUGGAUAUUCUCAGAUCUUUGGAAGCUACUUUUCUUCCACCUGGGCUUUCGAAUCACUCUCCAGCUGUGGUCUCCAUUUUUGAUGGGGUCAACUUUGGCCCUAAACCAUUUCGGUUUUUUGAAGCUUGGAUAGGUAGAGAGGGGUUCGAUGAAGUAGUUAUUAAAGGAUGGGACUGCCCGGUAAACUUGAAACUCAAUCCCAUUCUUAGGUUUGCUGCCCCCCUUAAAAAUGUUAAGGCAGAGCUUAAGAAUUGGAAUAAAUGCAGUGUGGGAGAUGUCUUUCUCGCUGUGAAGAAUGCUUCCUUGGAAUUAGCUCAUAUCCAGCUCAGCCUUGCUGCCCAGCCGAAUGACCCUAGUUUGGUCCCGCUUGAAACUGCAGCUAAGAAGAAGUUAUGGGAGGCUCUUGUCAUUGAAGAAAAGUUUCUUAAGGAAAAGUCUAGAGUUAAAAAUAUUCAGCUGGGGGAUGGUAAUAAUGGAUUUUUUCAUAAAUCCAUGGUUUGUAGGCAGAACAGGAAUCACAUCUUGGAGGUGCAUAAUGCUGAGAAUGAGGUCAUCAAGGAGCCAAAUCUGAUAAAAAAGGAGGCGGUGUCCUUCUAUAUGAACUUGUUUGGUGUGGAGGUGGAGGAUGUGGGAUAUUUUCCUGGUUCGAUCCCUUUGAGACAUGGCCUAGAUCUUGUGCAACAGAAUAGUCUUAUUGGGCAGGUUUCUAAUAAGGAGAUUAGAGAUGUGUUGUUUUCUAUGAAGAAUUCUAAGGCUCCUGGACCGGAUGGAUUUUGGAGCAACCUUUUUCAAGCAUGCUUGGGAGGUUGUUGGUGA